UUAUCGCAUACGUUUAUAAGCAUGAACUCACUGUUUGUCUGUAGAAUUAUUAUUAUUAUUUCAAGCCUUACCGCUUGCCGUACUUGAUGUAAACACGGAAGUAGGUCUGCAGCUACGCACAUGGCAACACCGAGAUACUUCCACUUUUCCUACUAGUGUCUUUAUAUUACACUUAGUCGCUAUUCAUCACUUAAUAGUACCGUUUUAUCAUAGUGAAGGACCGGAAAAGAAAGAGUUUGAGCGUGUCCCAGCGCUGUGUCGAACAAUACUUAGCUUGAGCUAGCACGCUUAGCUUUGUCAUGGCUGAGAAAAUACAGAAAUCUUUCAAAUGUAUCGUGAUUGGAGGCGGCAUCGCGGGGGUGACAUGUGUGGAACAGUUGUCGUGCAGUUUGCCGUCAGCUGACAUGGCUCUGAUCACCACAGACCGCCUCAUCAAGGCAGUCACCAACUAUAAACAGGUGGCCACAGUUCUGGAAGAAUUCCAAGUGGAGGAACAAUCAUCCAGUGUGCUGGAGGAGAAACUCCCCAACCUGACUGUCAUCCACUCGGCGGUCAUAGCACUGCACACACAAUCACACCUGGUGGAAACAGCCCACGGAGAGGUUUUUGCUUACGAGAAGCUGUGCAUCUGCAGCGGGGCCAGACCUAAACUCCUGGCUGAGGACAAGCAGCAUGUGCUGGGCAUACGUGACACAGACAGUGUCCAGGACUUCCAGAAGCAGCUUUCUAAAGCCAGGAGAAUUGUGCUUGUCGGAAAUGGAGGGAUUGCCUUGGAGUUAGCGUAUGAGGUGGAAGGCUGUGAGGUGAUAUGGGCGGUGAAGGACAACGCCAUCGGAAACACCUUCUUCGAUGCGGGAGCCGCACAGUUCCUGGUCCCGUCGCUGGGGGCCGACAAGCCGGAGAGAGCCGCUCCCUGCAAGAGGCUUCGCUACACCACACAGGAUGCAGCGGCCCAGACCUUCACAGCAGAUCGAAACACGCGAGGACGCGGCUCUGGUCCAACAGAGGCUGGCAGUGCGCUCGGUCCAGACUGGCAUGAAGGGAUGGUUCUGAAAGGAGCAGAGCAGGCAUCCCACAGACUCUCAGUGGAAUAUCAGUGUGAGGUGGACAAGAUCUUCACCUCCCAGGAGAUGCUCAACUCCACAGCUGCACAGCAAACAAACACGGCUGAUACCGAAGGAACAUGGCCGGUCUAUGUCCAGCUGACCAACGGCAAGACUUACGGCUGUGACUUUGUGGUCAGUGCCACCGGAGUCACACCCAACACCCAGCCCUUCUUACCUGGCAACAACUUUGCUUUAGCGGAUGAUGGCGGUCUGCGAGUGGACGACCACAUGAUGACAUCACAGCCUGACGUCUACGCUGCCGGAGAUGUGUGCAGUGCAUGCUGGGAGCACAGCCCCUUCUGGCAACAGAUGCGCUUGUGGACGCAGGCUCGCCAGAUGGGCUACUACGCCGCUCGCUGCAUGGCGGCAGGAGUCUUGUCCCAGACCAUAGAGCUGGACUUCUGCUUUGAGCUCUUCUCUCACAUCACCACCUUCUUCAACUACAAGGUGGUCCUGCUGGGCAAGUUUAACGCGCAGGGGUUGGCCUCCGACCAUCAGCUGCUACUGCGAUGCACCAAAGGCCAGGAGUACGUCAAGGUGGUGCUACAAGGUGGCAGGAUGGUGGGAGCAGUGCUGAUCGGGGAGACGGACUUAGAGGAAACCUUUGAGAACCUCAUCUUGAACCAGAUGGACCUGACACGGUACGGGGAGGAUCUACUCAACCCCAACAUUGACAUAGACGACUACUUUGACUGAAAUAGACUUUUCUUUGAAGUAUGAAAGUUACAAUCAAAUAAAUAUGAUGGAAAACUAACAAGGUUAUUAAGAAGGACUUUGUCCAUCCACAUUGCUAACACUACACCUCAUAACCUGGUCAUAGCUCACCUGUAUGCACAGCACAGGUAAACAUCUACCUGUGGCAGCAGAGCAGAAGUUUCACUUUAACGUCUCAUAACUGUAGUGCGUUCAAGGACCUUCGAUUAGAGUAAGAAAAAGAGGCGUCGCUAGGUAUUAAAGACAUGGGUCUAAACCUGUAGGCCGAACUUUUGCAACUGAGGGGCCGCACACUAAAAUUAAAGCAUCUGGGGACCAUACAGUAUAUAUAUAUUAGGGGUGUAACGCUACACAAAAAUGUCGGUUCGGUACGUACCUCGGUUUAGAGGUCACAGUUCGGUUCAUUUUCGGUACAGUAAGAAAACAACAAAAUCUACAUUUUCUGGUUAUUUAUUUACCAAAUCUGUAAACAAUGGCUUUAUCCUUUUAACAUUGGGAACACUAUAAUAAUUCUGCCCACGUUAUUCAACAUUAAACUGCCUCAAGUUGUUGCUCAGAUUAAAUAAAAUGACAAAACUUUUCUUCUACAUAUAAAAAGUGCAACAUUAAACAGUUUCAAGUCAACUCAUCAUGCUUAAUUUAUUACAGCAUUUGGGAA